CAUAGGCAAAAACACGAAAUUGAAACCUCACUUUAAUGAUAAAAAUGGUAAACUACAAAGACAAAAAUGACGUCUUGCCUUAUAAAUAAUUGGAAUUUGCUGGUGAUAAUAGUCGAUAUCAUCUUUUGUCGGUCCGACCUAAAAAGAAGAAAAAGUUAAAAGCAUCUUGUACCAAUUUUUGCCAAUGUGGGCCCAAACAAUUUGAAGAAGUCCACCGGCAAUUUCUCAAAAGCUAUUGUGUGAGUGUGAAGCUAAACCAAUAUUAUUUUGCAUAUCCGACCCCACAUCCCCAUGUGAUGUGAGGCUACAGAGGUGUUUCCAAAACGAAAUAUGAUAUUUCAAAACGUAGCUAUGUAUAGAGUCAUUUGUAUUUGCUUUCACAAUAACAUUUGAUUUUAUAUUUAUACAUUCUGAUAUUUUAACAAAUAAAUUGACUAAAUUUGGCCAACAGGAUUUAGCCGAAUAGAAAAGUUCUUAUUUAUGGACUAGUAAUUUUAAAUUUAAAAUUUAGACUAUCGCAUGUAUUUAAAAAAAACUAAACAAUUGGCUUAAUUUGAUAUAUUUCCUUUUUUUCCUUUUUGCAUUUUAUGCUGGUUGCCGUUAUUAAGUUUUAUCCUUAUUUUUUGUUGAAAAGAAAAUUGAAAAAAAUAAUAAUAAUUCCUACAGCUAGCAACUUCUCCACCUACAAAAAAUAAUAUUUUUUGUUUUAUCCUCAUGUGAGGCUACAGAAAAUUUUUGAAAACGAAACUGGAUAUUUUAUCUCUAACGACAGCUUUCAUACUUCGUUUACCCUGUGUUUCCAAGUUGUGCUAGCUAUUUGCAAACCUUGGAAUAUUACUUCAUCCAAAUCCCUUGCAGAGAAAAGAAAGAUAUGGCUUUGAUCGGAGAGGCCCUCAUCUCUGCUACCAUCCAGACGUUGUGUGACAAAAUUGCUUCGCCUGAGUUCACCGACUUAUUUCGGCAGAAAAAGCUCGAUGAACAACUCCUCAACAAGCUGAAGACGACGCUGUUGACCUUGUCCGUAGUGCUUAAUGAUGCAGAGGAGAAGCAAAUUGAGGAACCUUUAGUGAGAGACUGGCUUGACAAUCUCAGACAUAAUGUCUUGGCUGCGGAGGACUUACUGGAUGAAAUCGACACUGAAGCUUUGCGAUGCAAACUGGAAGAAGGUGAAGGUCAAACCCACAAUUUAACCAAGAAGGUACGUGAUUUUUAUCAACGCAUGAAUGUUGAGAUGAAAGAUUUAUUAGAAAGAUUAGAACAAUUUGUACAAGAGAAAAGUGCUCUUGGUUUGAGAGAAGGUGCUGGGAGGAAGGUUUCACGAAGAACAACAACUUCCUUGGUUCAUGAACCUUGUGUCUAUGGUAGAGAUGAAGUCAAAGAAAAUCUGUUGCCAAUUUUGUUAUCUGAUGAUGCAAGUAAGGAUGAUGUGUCUGUCCUCACCAUUGUUGGAAUGGGUGGGAUUGGCAAGACAACCCUUGCCCGACUGCUUUAUAAUGACGAUGAGGUGAAAGAACAUUUUCCACUUCACGCUUGGGUUUGUGUUACGGAAGACUAUGAUUCUAAUAGGAUAACUAAAACUCUUCUAGAGUCAGUCACCUCAAAGUCUUCUAAUAUGACAGAUCUAAAUUUACUUCAAGUUGAACUAAAAGAACAACUCAAGGGAAAGAAAUUCUUAUUUGUUUUGGAUGACCUAUGGAAUGAGAAAUAUGGUGAUUGGAAACGCCUCCAAACUCCUUUUACUUCUGGGGCAAGGGGAAGUAAAGUCAUUGUAACAACACGGAGCCAACAUGUAGUAUCUGUCCUGCAAAGUGUUCAUGUUCAUCACUUGGAACCCUUGUCGCACGAAGAUUGCUGGUUCUUACUUGCAAAACAUGCAUUUGGAAAUGAAAAUUGCAGUGAUCCAAACUUGGAAGAAAUUGGCAAGAAAAUUGCACACAAGUUCAAUGGGUUGCCUUUAGCUGCAGAAACACUUGGGGGUUUGUUACGUUGCAAUAUAGAUUCAGAGGAAUGGAAUACAAUACUAAAUAGCAGUAUUUGGGAGCUACCCUAUGAUAAAUGUGACAUUCUUCCGGCUCUUGGGUUGAGUUACCAUUAUCUCUCCUCCCAGUUAAAACGAUGCUUUGUUUAUUGUUCAAUUUUUCCAAAGGAUUAUGAGUUUAAAAAGGAAGAUAUAGUUCAAUUUUGGAUGGCAGAAGGUUUAAUUCCAAAAGCUGAGAAUGGAAAGAGCAUAGAAGCGGUAGCUAGAAAAUACUUUGAUGAGCUGUUGGCACGAUCGCUAUUUCAAAAGUCAAGCAAAUCCGGUUUCACAAUGCAUGAUCUCAUUAAUGACUUGGCCAUGUUCAUGUGUAAGGCAUUUUGCCUUAGGUUGGAAGGGGGGGAAUCACAUGUCGUAGAAAAAGUUCGGCAUUUUUCAUAUGCUAUGGAAAGAUUUGAUGCAGCUCCAAAAUUUGAGCCAUUACAUAGGGCUAAGUUUAUGCGGACCUUUCUACCCAUAUCAUUAAAUUUUGUUUCCACUUCUUAUGUAACUAAAAAGGUUCUACAAGAUUUGUUGCCGUCACUAAGAUGUUUACGGGUGUUAUCAUUGUCACAUUAUCAAAAUGUUACUGUGUUACCUGAUUCUAUUGCAAACCUCAUUCACUUGCGCUACUUGGAUCUUUCCGGUACCGCAAUUGAAAGGUUACCUGGGGUACUUUGCAAUCUCUACAACUUGCAGACAUUACUAUUGUCAAAAUGUUUCUCACUCCUUGAAUUGCCUGCAGACAUUAGAAAAUUGACUAAUUUACAGAAAUUGACAUUGCUCGGUUGUAGUUCUCUUAAUAAAUUGCCUGCAGGCAUGAAGGAGUUGACUAAUUUGCAUCAUCUUGAUGUCAGUGGAACUAAAAUUGAAGAGAUGCCGGUGCAAAUGGGUAGAUUGAAAAGUUUGAGAACAUUGACUGCAUUUGUUGUGGGCAAAUCUACUGGGUUAGGCAUAAGAGAACUGAGGCAGUUCCCGCAACUUCGAGGAAAACUAUCAAUUUUGAAGCUACAAAAUGUAGUUGAUGCGAGGGAUGCACUGCACGCCAAUAUGAAGCACAAGAAAGAUCUCAAGGAGUUAAAGUUUUCAUGGGGUGCGGAGGAUGCUGAUGAUUCCCAAAAGGAGAAAGAUGUACUCGACAAGCUCCAGCCUUGCGUGAAUUUGGAGAAAUUAUCCAUCAAAUUCUAUGGUGGAACCAAUUUUCCGAAUUGGUUAGGAGACUCGUCUUUUUCUAACAUACAAGUCAUGCAUCUCAGUGACUGUAGUUAUUGUUGGUUGCUCCCACCAGUUGGACGGCUACCGGCACUCAAAGAGCUCUGUAUAAAAAGAAUGAAGUCUUUGAGGACGAUUGGCGUUGAAUUCUAUGGCAGAAAUGGAGCUUAUCUGACUCAGCCAUUUCGAUCUCUGGAGAAGCUAGAGUUUAGGGGGAUGCCGGAGUGGGAGGAAUGGGUACCAAGUGGAAGUGCAAGUGGAGGUGAAUAUGGUCCAGACUUUCCUCGUCUCCAAAAGCUGAUUCUAAACGAGUGUCCGAAGCUAAGAGGAAGUUUGCCUUGUGAGUUGCCUUGCUUGAAGAAGCUUACGGUGUAUGGGUGUAAGGUUUUACAUGAUGGAAGGACCGCUACCGCAACUACCAAUAGUGUUAACUAUAAAUCUCUGGAAGAAUUGGAUAUAAGUGGUGGAUGCCAAACUCUGUUAUCAUUAUUAGAGACAAAGCUCCUGUCCCGACUUCGGAUUCGAAAUGUUGUUGACAUACAGUGCUUGCCCAACUGCAAUCGUCUUCAACGUUUGACUCUUUGCCUAACGCUGUCAUCGUUUCCCAAAGAUGGCCUACCCACUACAUUGACAUCACUUUAUAUAAACAAUUGUAGGAAAUUAGAAUUCCUACCUCAUGAGAUGUUGGCCAAAUUAACAUCGCUUGACUAUUUGUGCGUACAAAAUAGCUGUGAUUCAAUGAGGUCCUUCCCGUUGGGCAUUUUUCCCAAAUUGACGACGCUUCAAAUUCGUGGUUGUGAGAAUCUGGAAUCUUUUUCCUUGAUUGAAGAAGAAGGAGCUGUUGACAAUCUCAGCCAUCUCAAUUCCUUGCGUGUCUAUAACUGUCCAAAAAUGGUGUGUUUUCACGAGGGAGAAUUGCCCACUCCCAACCUGAGUCACUUUGUAGUCAUUGGUUGCGAGAAUUUGAAGUCAUUGCCCGAACGCCUUCACACCCUCACUGCCCUUCGAUCUUUGAAUAUAUGGAAUCUUCCGAAUCUGGAGUCAUUUGCAGAAGAUGGGGGUUUGCCUCCCAACCUCCGAUCUUUUAUCAUUAGGAAUUGUAAGAGACUGAGGGCACUUGACUCAGUGGGUUUGCAAGCACUUGUCUACCUUCAGAUCGAUGGAAGUGACCAUGUCUUGGAGACGUUGCUGCUCCCUACCACUCUUCACACUCUCUGCAUCUCUGAUCUAUCAACUCUGAAAUCUUUGGACGGAAAGGGUCUUGGACACCUCACUUCUCUUCAAACUCUAAAAAUUUACAGCUGUCCAAGUCUUCAAUGCCUGCCAGAAGAGGGUUUGCCGCCAUCUCUUUCUCAUCUGAGUAUCCGCUGUUGUCCUACCCUGGAGGAAAGGUAUAAGAAUAAAACGGGACAAGAUUGGGCAAAGAUAUCUCACAUUCCUUGCAUCGAGAUAGGGGAAGAAGUGAUCAUAUAAUAUGAGCUAUUCCAUAUUUCACGCUCAACCCUCAACUCUCAAAUCAAAGUCAGGUGAGGUACUGCAGGUUUGUUAUUAAUGUUGUGGCCUGAUAUUCGUCGUAUCAAUACGUUGAGGAGAGAGAUCGAUCAGCAAUUACAAAAUUGAAACUGGAAUGAGGCUUGCUCUUUGAGGAAGAGAAAUAAAAGAAAAAGUUGUGGCAAAGGUUCACGGAUGUAGUUGGAUUGUAGUGGGACAGAGAACAAAUUUAUUUGUUGCAGGGGAAAAGUCUCAUCCAAAUGCUAUGAAAUCAUGGCAACUUUAAAGUAUUGGACAGCAAUAAUGAAAGAAGAGGGCUAUGUUGGUGACACAGAUUCUUGCUUGCAUGAAUAAGAGGGAGAAAAGCCCCUAUGGUAUUGACUGUUGCCGCCAAGUGCAUAUUGUUAUUACUAUGCGUACUACAUCCCAAGGCCUCUCUCAGCAGGAUUACAAAGUAAACCAGAAUUACUAUCCCAGCAGUAUUCUGCAACUUUGCUCUGCACUUCCUUAUACCAAACAUGUUCAUACGUGGCAUUGCUCAAGUCAUCAUCAUUCGGGACAGAGAAUAAGCCUUCAAAUGUCUGCUGAGUCAAUGAACCUUUCUAGAUAUCUCAAGUGUAAUGGAAAUUGAUGAGUUACAAAGGAUUUGUAAACAUUUUCUACUGGAGGCUAGAAAUGCUUCAAAUAAAUGACUCUGUUGCAAUUAUUUUGUAGGAUCAAAGACUCUGCAAAGAGUUUGUUGAUCUUGGGCAAGUGGAGAGAGAGGCGUCAAGUGAUACGCAACAACCAUUUUCUGUGAGCUGAUUUGAUAAAGAGAAAUGGUAUGCUUUCUUGUCUUAAGCGGUGUGUUCUGCAAUUAUUUGAAACAAAGGAUGCCGCACUUCAAGUUCGAGAAAAUCAGGAAAAAAUGGCAGCAGCUUUGAUUGGAGAGGCUCUCAUCUCUGCUUCUAUCGAGGUGUUGUGUGACAGAGUUACUUCAGCCGAGUUCAUAGACUUAUUUCAGCAGAAGAAACUUGAUGAAACACUCCUCAUGAACCUGAAGACGACACUGUUGAUUUUGUUUGCGGCGCUCAAUGAUGCAGAGGAGAAGCAAAUUGUGAACCCUGCUGUGAUAGAGUGGCUUAACAGCUCAAGCAUGCUGUCUUUGAUGCAGAGGACUUACUUGAUGAGAUUGACACUGAAGCUUUGCGAUGCAAGCUGGAAGGAACAGACCAAAUAUGAACAGACCAAAUAUGUUCACACGUGGCAUCGCUCAAGUCAUCAUCAUUUCAGACUGAAAAUCAGCCUUCGAGUGUCUGUUGAGUCAAUAAACCUUUCUAGAUAUAUCAAGUGCAAUGGAAAUUCAUGAGUUACAUAGAGAUUUUUAAACAUUUUGAAGAUUGCAACACCUGCAAGUGAGAUAGGCGGUGACGAAAUCAGAGCUGAUUUUGAAGCCUCUGAUGCCCCUGUUGUUGCAAGUUGCACCUGAGAACAAGUUUUUUUUUUCUUUGGGGUAAAAAACUGGCAACAUGUUCGGAGCUGACAAUUCAAUCCCUGAUGAACUAGAGAAGCAAAGCUCCGGUAAGGAAAUUGGUCAAGGUUGUGACAGGGAUGAUUGAUGGUGAAAUGGAUGCUAUUUCUUAUUGCAGCCUGUUCUCAAAGUUCUUGUUGGCAAAUGCAAUUGAUGGAGUAUUUUGAUUGGGAGGAGAGAUAAUGACAUGGCUUGACAAUUCUAGAACAGCCCAUCAUUAAUCCCAGAAAAAAUCCCGUUUCUGCUAAACAAUCACUUAUGGCAAGGCCAACUCUGUAAAUGGAAUUUGUGAUCCCUUCAAAUUGUACACAUUUUUUCUUUUUGAGGAAUUUAAUCAAACAGUAUUCUAAUGCAUUAUGAUAGCACUACACGCUUUUGUUGUAACAAAUUACAAGGAGGAAUUUGGAUUGAGUUUCUU